CAGUCAGUCAGUCAAGUGCCAGCCAUUGAAGCCAACGAUUCCGGAUUUCGAAUUCCGGAUUGGCGUUCGCAGCUGUCAGAGCGGAAUUCGCAAUAGAAGUCAGCGCCAUGAAGCUGCCGCUCGGACUGUCAAAAUCCGUACUUUUCACGGGACUAUGUGUCGCCUUAAUGUCAGCAGCCCUCUCGAACGCGCUCGAUUGCUAUGCGUGCACCUAUUUGGAUGGGUACAGUGAUACCUCCUGCCUAAACAACGCCAGUGCAGUCAGAGUAAUAAACUGUACCAUGAAAUACUGUUUCACGAUGCGCGUCGAACUUAAGCGCAACUCGAGCAAGGUGAUGUCCUUUCUGCGCGACUGCCAGGACAAACCGGUGAUGCUUUAUGGAAACAUACCAGAUGACACGUCUCGCACUUACUACUCAUCCUGCCAGCAGAACCGCUGCAAUGGGCACAAUGGACGGGUUAAGAACUCAACGAAUGGAACUGGAGGCGGUGGAAUUCACAAUGCCAUAGUUCCAGGAAAAAAUGCUGGCCAAAGGGUGUUUCCCUGGCCAUGGUCAGUACUUUUUUUGCCUGUCCUCAGAGUUUGGCAAAUGCAUUUAACACAUGCCACGAACUUGGCAUAAGCGAAGAAAGCUCUACAUAUCCCGCCAUAUCAAGCAUUUUAAAAUGCCUUGCAAAUAAAUUGUCUGGCUUUCAUUAAAUGACACUUCUCAAACCAA